AGGCCGUAGUAGAAUCUUUCAACAUUAAGAGUUCUGCAUCUACGGGCGAAUAAUUGGGGAUAUGAUGAUGUUUGCACCCGGGUCGAUCUGCGAAUUGCUCCAAUUCUUUCCUUGAUACCACCCACUCAUUCACUGCCGAGCAUCCUAGGCUCCGUUCUCGAUCUAAUUUCUUCCAUCAAAAUUUAUUCGACCGUCUCAAACUGUCAAACUAUACCACCUCUCAAAUGGCAGACAACAACAACCCUCAAAUCCCAGAUCUGGCAUCCGUCCUGCGGACUCUAGCAUCUCUAGCCCCUGCAAACCCACAGCAGCCAGGUCAAGACAUAGCAGCCAGCCUUCUUCAACAUCAUCCAGAACCUCCCUAUCAUCCAACUCAUCCAACUCAAGCAAACCUUCAGCCUCCUCCAAAUGUCGAGCAGAUCCCCAGCCGCCCUACGAGCACGAUACAGGACCAACGAACUGUCCCCCAGCAUCGGCCAAGUGUCCAAGAUCCGCCUCGGGCCGGCUCUACGCCUCCACUGAUCGACCCCGCUACGAUCACUGAAUGGUCUCAUGGUCUGCGGUGCAUCACCAAGAUUGCGGGUCAGACUCCGAAUUUCAAAGUAGCGAUCCGGAAGAUGAUGGCCGAUCAGGAACAUCAAGAGAAGACGUGGCAGGCGGAAAGGGAAGCGUUGCUGAAGGCGCAUGCUGCCAGAUCAGACAAUGACGAGAACUUGAAGAGUAUACUAUCUUCUCUGGGCACCUCUCUUGAUGCUGAACCCGUGUCUGCCGAGCAAGCAGAGAUUGAGCUCAAGCAGCUCGACAAGCGGAUCUACCGUGCGGUGCGGCUGAUGGUUGAUAAUAUGUCACUAGAACUAAAGCGUCUUGGCGUGCCCUUCUUCGGCGUAAAGCCAGAGUUGAUCCUCCCACCAGGAGAGGCAAAGCCGGCAGGUACACCACCGCCAGCUGCUAGUAGUGUUGGACCAAAGAUCACUGAAGAGGAGCUGUUGGCGUUGCAGAGGCGAAUGGUAGAGUACCUAGAGGAUAUGUACAGGCUAUAGGUAUCAUACCGUAAGACGAGAUUUACAGUCGUGCUAUCCCUUAGUCCGGUAAGAAUGGUCCUACGUUAUCGAUAAGGCUGCAUUCAAUCAGAAGCCGAGAAUCAGCCCCUGAGUAUGAAAUCUGCACAACACGUGAAGCAAUUGAUUUGUACGUAUAUAGCUGUCUACAAGCUACUGUUUGGUGUUGAGGGCAGCUACGUGUUCGGCCCAGCAUUUCCCUCGAGUGCACAGUGGAAUCCUGCACACAGAACAGCCGUACGAAGUCCUAGGCGGCCGAUGCCGACGCUUCCAGCCCUUCCUCUCUCUUUGUGCUUCCUUUGAAGGUUG